CCGAGUUUUAAUAAAGUGACGGUCGUUAAGAUCGCAUGGCCAGUUAACUUCUUGCUCCCGUCAACCGGUCUCGUUACGUCGCGAUGCCUCGUGAAUUCUGGAAUACCAAGGCUGGAAACGAGAUCAGCUAAUCCACUUCGGAAACCGACACCGUUCAGCUACCUACUUUUCCUCGGCCAGCUGUUAGUCUUCUUGAACGGAUAGUUCCGUGGCGAAAUAUAUCGAUAGACUGUGCUCUCAGUCCAGUGAUAUUAUUUGCUGCCAGAAUUCGUGUCUGUUAUGAUUGGGACCUGGUUGCCUGAGAGUCCCCGAUGGCUUGGCUUGAUACUCAAAUGCGUUGGUUUCGUGGCCACGCCGAGGCGCCAAGACUUUUAAGCCUAAGUCCUCUUCAAGCUGAUGAAGACCUUGACGGAGCAUCUUACCACUUUCAUGCCGCGUCUCAGUACAGAGACCUGUCUCCAGUCCGAUGGGCUCGCCGGAAGUCGUCGAGCUCCGAGUCGGAGCGUAACUGCUACAACGUGCAAACGUCGCAAGUGACCACCGAGCGGAGUCCCACUAAGAAAAAUAAGAAGAGGAUCCAGAAAGAAAGGCGGAGGGUCUGCGAGAAACGGAACCCGCUGCUGGACCGCGUGAAGAACACCAGGCUGAGCUUCUUCAAAGACCGGGACUCGGACGACGAGGACCGGGAAGAGGACGAAGACCCGGAGAAGCCACAGUUCCGUUCCAUGUGCGAGUUGAACCAACGCGGCCUGACGAGGAACGAGUUCCGCAGAUCGGUCUGCGAAUCCGACUUGAAGGACAUCAUCGAAGAAGAGAAGACCCAGGCAAAGAGGAAAAGACGUUCGAAAUCGCAGAGUAGAUUGCCCUAUCGAAAGCAUCAGGAAGAACGCUUCUCUUUCCUGGGUUUCCGACCGUCGACUGGCCAGAAGCCAGCCAGUCUGUCCAAGGAGAUCAUCGAGGAAACCAGUAGUCAACAGAAUCGCAGAUGGAAGAAGAGCAAAGAGUUCGUCCAGGAUCACCAGACGUCCAGGCGAUCGAUGGAUCACGUGCUGGAAGGCUCCAGCAGCACUGAAGACCCAGCGUUCAAGGAUGGCUCGCAGUUCGACAGCAUAACACCCUCUAGCUGCUUGGCUGCCAAGUUCAGGGCGAUGCAGGACAGGUACCUAAAAAGCUCCACCAGCAAGCUGAUAGCGAAGAUCUAUAAGAAAGAGGGCAAAGACAAGGAAAGAAGAAGACUGAGGAGCUUCUCUUAUGGCACUCUGCCAGGCCUAGAGGAGUUGAGGACCAAUCCUCUUUACGAGGAGCAGGACCAGGACGACAACGAUUCUGGUAUCCUGGACAACGAUUCUGCCACUAGUUCGUUACUCGAUGACAGAUGCAGCAGCAGUGCUUCUGGCUUGCUGACUGCCCUCAACGACUCAUCUUCGAAUCCACCACCUCAGUUACCACCGAGGAAGCCAUCCUCUUCUAUCGUAGACGUAGAGAGAACAGCAAGAUUGUUCUCUAGUCUGGACGUCUACUGUGGGAGGAACGAGGGCAGGGGUUGCAGGAAGGACAUGUCUAGAUUGAACGCCCUGGAAGAUUCUUCGAGCCAGAUCUGUCAGGCUUCCAACAGCGAGUUGAUAGACAGACAAGAUCGUGACAGCUCCAAGUCUCCAGAGGAUAAAGACGUCAUGGAAAGGCUGGACAGCAAAGACUCGUUAGGGUCGGAGAGUUAUCAGAGCACCAGGCUGCCAGUCAUCAGGAACAGGUCUUAUGUCACCGAGACUAUGGUCGUGAAGCUACCCAGGGAGAGCUCUGACCAGUGCCUGGGCAUCUUCAUCGCGAAGACCGCUGAGUCCAGUCCAGGCUACCUGGUGGCGCACGUGGUGCCAAAUGGGUUGGCCGAUAAGGAAGGUACCUUGAGGAUAGGCGACGAGAUUCUGAUAGUAAAUGGGAAGAGACUGAGAGGACUGAGUAUGGCGGAGGCUAGGAAGAUUCUUGGCAGCGGAAGUGGGCCUGGUGACGUGGAUAUCGUCGUCUCGAGGUACUCCGCUGUAGACCAGUCCCCAAAGAAGUUGACAGAGAGUAGCGUGGACUACGAGAACGUGCAUAUGGAGAAUGGUCACGGUGUCAUAGUCGAGAAUUCGCCCAGGUCGCAUUUUAGGAAGCACCACACGAAGCAUCAUAAGGACAGGAAGAGCGAGUGCAACAGGUCUACUUCUUCCGAUAAGGCAGUCGUGAGCGUGGACAAUGGUGGCUCACAGAGCGUUUCCAACUUUUGCACGCUACCUAGGAGGCCCAGGAACACCGUCUCAACGUUCCUGACAGUCGUAUUUCAGAAAGGUCCUGGAAAGAAGUCGCUGGGAUUCACUAUCGUGGGUGGUAGCGAUAGUCCUAAAGGAAGCAUCGGUAUCUUUAUAAAAUCGGUAUUGCCCGGAGGGCAAGCCGCUGAAGAUGGCCGUUUGCGCGCAGGUGACGAGAUUUUGGCAGUGAAUGGCCACGUCUGUCACGACUUGACCCAUAGAAAGGCUGUUCAGCUUUUCCGCAAUAUCAAAACUGGACCGGUUGCCUUGCACCUUUGCAGACGCGUUAAAAACAAGGAACUACAAACAACGAAGGCUAAGUCGUGCGCAGACCUUUUGCUCGUCGACGCGUGAAGAAAUGCUGUACAAGAAGAUUGUAAAAAGGAAAACGAAGAAAGCAAGAAAAGAAAUCACUCCGUGACCGUUGUAAAAAAAAAGAAAAUGAA